CCUCAAACUUUAAAACUCACAAAACAACCUAAAUCCAAAGCAAAACAACACAAACUCAUUUCUCUCUAUCUCUCAAAAUUCCGUAUACCCUCUUUCUCUUUUCUUCGCAAGAUCCUUUAUUUCGGCGAUUCCGGUGUAUGGGUCUUCUUUAAUUCACUGAUACAUUGAAAAAAUCGUUCUUUUCAAUUUUACCGAUUUCCGUUACCAUGGAGUUGAUUUCGGGUCUACCACAGGACGUAGCACGGGACUGUCUCAUUCGGGUUUCGUACCAGCAGUUCCCCACGGUGGCUUCAGUGUGCAAGCUCUGGAAAUCGGAGAUUCUUUCGCCGGAGUACCACCGUCAACGGCGAAGCACGAAAAACGCGCAGAAGCUCGUAGCGAUGGUUCAGGCUCGACACCAACCCGGAACUGGUUCGACCAAGCGAGUGACGAACCCGGUUUACCGUCUCAGCGUGUUCGAACCGGAAACGGGUCACUGGAACGAGCUGCCACCACCGCCCGAGUUUUAUUCUGGGUUACCCAUGUUCUGUCAGUUAGUUAGUGUCGGGUACGAUCUUGUCUUGUUGGGCGGGUUGGACCCGAAUUCGUGGAAAGCUUCGAAUUCUGUGUUUGUGUAUAAUUUCUUGUCGGCGGAGUGGCGCCGCGCUGCGGACAUGCCGGGUGGGCCCCGCACGUUUUUCGCUUGCGCGUCGGAUUCUAAGGAGACGGUUUUUGUUGCCGGUGGACACGACAACGAGAAGAACGCGCUGCGUUCGGCGUUGGCCUAUGAGGUUACCUCGGACCGGUGGGUUUCGCUUCCUGACAUGGCGGCGGAGCGGGACGAGUGCAAGGGCGUUUUCCAUGGCGGGAAGUUCUUCGUCGUCGGGGGCUACCUGACGGAGAAGCAGGGAAGGUUCGAGAAGAGCGCGGAGGCGUUCGAUCCUGCUACAUGGAGCUGGGACGAAGUGAAAGAGGACUUCCUGGAUUGCGCCACGUGUCCGAGAACGUUAGUGGACGGUGGUGAUGACGAGGCGGUGUUUCUUUGCAGAGGCGGGGACUUGAUCUCGCUUCGCGACAACACGUGGCAGAAGAUAUCGACGGUGCCGGGGGAGAUACCCAACGUAGCGUACAUUGGGGCGUUGGAUGGGACGCUGGUUUUGAUCGGAUCUAGCGGCUACGGUGAAGCCCACGUGGCUUUUGCUUUCGAUUUUGAGUGUUGCAACUGGAGGAAACUGGAUUGCCUAGAAGGGUUCAUGGGUCAUAUCCAAACCGGUUGCGUUUUGGAAAUUUAGAAUUUUCCCUUUUUAUUUUUCCAUAUAAAAGUUAUAUAAAUUAAGAAUUUACAACAUAAACCAAUAUAGGUUUGGUUUUGUAAAUAGUUUCGUCAGAACUUAAUUGAAACUUAAUUGAUAUUUCAUCG